UAUUAUUAUUAUUAUUAUUAUUAUUAUUUUACUAUUAUUGGUGUUUUUAUUCUCUAAGUAUUGUAAUGUGAAAAGAAAGAAACAAAACAAAACAAAAAAACCAAAGGGGAAGGAAAUUGGUUAAAAUUCUCUGUUUCAAUCCCUCUUUCUUUUUUUUUCUUUCUUUUCCUUUUUGGAGUUAGGAUUUUAAGAAGAAGAAGAAGAAGAAACAUAGAUAGAUAGAUAUAUAGAUAUAGAAUAGAAUGGAGGGGAGUGGGUUGGAUGAUCUGAUAGAGAGGCUGCUGGAAGGGAAGAAGAACAAGGGCAGUGGGAAGAAGGUUCAGCUCAGCGAGGCCGAGAUUCGCAGCCUCUGCGUCGCCGCCAAGGAGAUCUUCCUCAGCCAGCCCAGCCUCCUUGAAUUGGAGGCCCCCAUCAAUGUCUGUGGCGACAUCCACGGUCAGUUCUCAGACCUCCUCCGGCUGUUCGAAUACGGUGGCUUCCCGCCGCAAUCAAACUACCUCUUCCUGGGCGACUACGUGGACCGCGGGAAGCAGAGCAUUGAGACCAUCUGCCUCCUCCUCUGCUACAAGAUCAAGUACCCUGACAAUUUCUUCCUGCUCCGCGGCAACCACGAGUGUGCCUCCAUCAACCGUAUCUACGGCUUCUACGAUGAGUGCAAGCGCCGCUUCAGUGUCCGCCUCUGGAAGCUCUUCACCGACUGCUUCAACUGCCUCCCUGUCGCUGCUGUUAUCGACGACAAGAUCUUCUGCACGCACGGGGGGCUGUCGCCUGAGCUUGAGAACAUGGACCAGAUUCGUGGGAUUGAGCGCCCCAUCGAUGUCCCCGACCAAGGCCUGCUCUGCGACCUCCUGUGGUCAGAUCCCGACCGCGAGAUCAAGGGGUGGGGGGAGAACGACCGAGGGGUGUCGUACACGUUUGGUGCAGAUAAGGUAUCCGAGUUCCUGAGGAAGCAUGAUCUCGAUCUCAUCUGCCGUGCCCACCAGGUUGUGGAGGAUGGCUACGAAUUCUUCGCGGAUAGGCAGUUGGUCACUAUAUUCUCUGCUCCAAACUACUGUGGAGAGUUCAAUAAUGCUGGCUCGCUAAUGAGUAUAGAUGCGAGCUUACUCUGCUCAUUUCAGAUCCUGAAACCUUACAGAGGGAAAGUAGGACAGACAGAGUAAACAAUAAGAUGAGGAAACAUGCAAUGUGUGAUGAAAUUGUUCAAUUUAAAUUUGCAGUCAUUUCUGUAGAAGCAGAUUAUUUGUUUUACAUAGCAUGCAAAUGACUCGAUCAUUGUAUAUAAAUGCAUUAUUAGAUUCAUUUAA